AUGGUCUACUGCAACGGCAGAUACUAUCCCUACCAACGAUACUGCCGCUCCUCACGCUGGAACGGCUGGGGAAGAUGGGUGCUCCUAGGCGUGAUCAUCGCCUUCGCAAUCCUCGUCUUCAUCCUAUUCGCCUGCUUCACCGCCCGCCGCCGCCGCCGCAUCGGCCGCAAACCCUUCAUGGGCACAGGCUGGGCCGCUGGACCGAAUAACAACCAAGCACCGCAGCAACAACCGAUGCAGUACAACUCCGGUGGGCAGUACAGCUCUCCAGGUUACCAAAACAAGCCCAGCGAUAUGGAGCAGGGCGGUGCUGCGCAGAGUUAUUACCAGCCGCAGUAUAGCCAGCCUCCCGGGUAUGGACAGCAGACGGCUGCGCCGGGGACGUAUCAACCGCCGACUCAGCCGCCGCCGGCUGCGAACCCGGGUGGGUGGAGGUGA